AUGGAGCAUACUGCUCCCGACCCCAUCCAACCUCAUCUGCCCUAUUCUUGGUUGGCUCACAUCCCGCCCAUCACUACUGAGGAACUUCGAACGUCACAAGAACGUCAGCCAGUGAUUCACGAAGGUUAUAUUCCGAGCUCUCUACCCAACGCGUCCUUGAAUGGUGCGUAUCUCAGUGUCAGCGGCAAUGCCACAUAUCAUUUGCAGGACAUAUUAGCGGGCCAAGCGUUCGAUUACUCGUCCAAUGUCCGCCUUACCAGACCUCAGUCUUCAACACCAAGAAUUACUCCAAGUUCUGAGAAUGAUUCUCGGGCCUUUGGCUUCCGAGGAGCGCACUACACACCAUAUGCUGCUGCCAUUCACCCUCCCCCAGUCCACUCAGGCUACGUACCUGAUUCUUCAGCAGCGUCUUAUCACUAUCCUGAAAUCUCGCCCAGCCAUGGCAGUCAAGACCCGGGGAGUGCUCACUUUGCCGACAUCAGACCCCAUGGAAUCCUUCAGGGUCAUGAUCAAACAUCUGCGUUUGAGCGCACACGCCUCUCAUCCUAUGAUGUCCCCGAAUAUUCCCAGGCCGAGUCUACGGACGAGGGUGAAAUGACAAUGGAUGAAGGUGAAAGCCUGGCAGUUACCCACGCCUUGAUUGCAGGCGGUAUGAAUGCCGGCUCUACAUCGGGAAAACGUGGCCCUGAACCAGAAAUUCUACCAGGACAAUCAUCUAGAAAGCGUCGAAAGAGAGGCAAGGGUAGGAGAGGUGGUUGGAGCAAAGGUCUAAAAAUAGGCCCACGCCCUGCCAUCGAACCAAGCCCUGAAUUCAAUGAGCUCCACCAGCAAGCCUUGAAUGCAUUUAUUGAUGAGCAGGACACGGAGAAAGCGCGUGACCUGAUAUUGCAGGCAAUCGCGCUAAAUCCUGAAAUAUACGCUGCUCAUGCCCUCCUAUCCGAGAUCUACUUCGCAAGAGGUGAGGACGAAAAGGCGAUUGCCGCUCUUUUCAGCGGCGCCCACAGUGCUGCAAGGGAUGCGGAGGUUUGGCGUCUAGUAGCAAGUGUGUGCUUACAACAUUCCGCCAACAACCGCCACCGUGCACUUCAACAAGCCAGCUAUUGUUACGCCCGUAUCAUCCAUAACGACCGUCAAGAUUAUGAUGCUCGUCUUGAACGAGCUGCGAUCAGCAAGGAGCUCGGAAACUAUGGUAAAGCAAUAAAGGACUUGGAAGCAGUACUAGAGGGAAUGCCUCGCAACGCCAAUGUAAUGAAACAGAUAGCCGAAGUUGGUAUUGAAACUAAAAGUCUGGGACGGGCUAUGUCGCUUUAUGAGGACCUCCUCACGUAUUCCAGAAGCCCUGGCCUGGAAGGCGAAGAUACAUUUACUUGGGCCCAUGCGGUCACCUAUAUCGAGCUGCUCUCCCACAACGGUCCACCCGAUGAGGCAAGAUCAAAUGCCAUAGUAGUGCUACGGCAACUAUGUCGCUGGUUGCUGGGACGCGAGGAGGACUUUUUCUGGGACAAUUUCGAUGAUGACCGGGAGUGGGAUGUUGAAGAUGAGCCACGGAGAAUUAUGGUCCCACAGCACGUUCCAGAUAUAUUUCCCUCCGAAUCAUACGGAUUGGGGCUUCCGCUUGAAUUGAGAGUUCAACUCGGUAUACUUCGACUCAAACAAGGCUCAGAUCAUUUUGAUGAAGCACUUGACCACUUGGAAUGGUUGGAACCUGAAGCACGGGAUGAGCAGGCACACAUCUACGAAUUCCCAGAUCUCUUUCUCGAGGCUGCCAAUGCUCUAUACGUCCAUAAAGAACAUGAGCAGGCUCUGAGAUAUUUUGAGGCACUGCGAGACGUCAAUGCGUAUUCAGAUGUCGACUUUUGGCUCGCGAUUGCCACAUGCUACUACGUUACAGGUGACAAGUUGCAAGCUGUCGAUUGUUACGAGGCUGCGAAAGAGGCGGAUAUUGAAUGUGGAGAAGCCAGGAUCCAACUAGCGAAAUUAUACACAGAUCUUGAGGAGAAAGAAAAAGCAAUGGUUAAUGCUCGAGAGGCCAUCCGAAUUGCCGAACAGGCAACGCCUCAAACGGACAAACGCCGAUAUGAAAGGAAAGAACAGCGCUUGGCCCGUAAGGCUGCAGAAAAUGCUCUAAAGGAAGCAUACCGACUCAGAGGCCCACUGGCUCAGGGCGAUGCUAUUGACAGGAUCGAAGCACGGCUCCAGAGAGGGAACGCCAAAGAAGAUGUUGUGUCCUUCAGAAAGCCACGCCAGAGGAAGGAGAAACCUGCACCACAACCCCGUUCCAUACCAAACACCCGUCCGCCCCCCCUGAAGAAACCGAUGACUCCAGCAGAAAAAGAUGCGUAUCGUACGGAUGCCGUCACACGCUUGUAUACCAAUCUUCUCGAGAAUGCAGAAGGAAUGAGAGAAGGGGACGAGCUGGCAAUCGAGACCUGGACAAACUGUGCAACAUCCCUGAUCAUGGAUUUCCGAAGUAAUCGCUUUUUCUACCCCUACGAACGAAGCCUGCCAUUCAUGGGCUACCACAGCCGCCACAAGAUCAUGCAACAAACUCAGGCGGAGGAUCCAUCCCAAGGAUUCUCAUAUCUCAACGCCAGGGACAUCCCCACAGCCUAUCGCGAGAUACCCUUCACGGCCUGGCUCGAUAUCUUCCUCGAAUAUGCCCUGGUCCUCGCCAGCAAGGGCAAUAAAACCCGCUGUUACAACACCAUCAUAGCGAGCCUCGAUUGUGCGGUGUGGUAUCAUGACCCGAAUGCCCAGCUACUCAUCCACACCACUUACCUGGCAUGCUGUAUCUCACUACGCGACCAAGCGACACUGGUCAACGUGGUGCUUCGUUGGUUCUUGCGCACUUAUCAAUUCUGCACAGACGCAUAUCGACUUUUCGCGGCGAUGAACCUAGUCUUUCCCUAUACCAACGAAAAAAAUGGAAAAGAGGGUGUCAAUGCGAACCUGGUCUUUCGCAGCGGUCCAAGUCAGAAGUUUAUGUUCAGGCAGAUCAUGAGCAUGGAUCUGAACCUGCCCACGGAUUAUUAUGCCGAAGGAUUCGGCCCCGUACCGGACUUCAUGAGACGGACACGCGACCAGAUCCAGAAGGACGACGGAAAAUCGACCACCGAGAACCCAGUCACUGGUGGUGGCAAUACUGCAGCUGGUGAUGCAGCUCUCGAACCUCCCGCAACCGCAGGCCCAACCGAAGGCAUCACUCUACAGGAGAUGGACGUCGUGCUCUUGACGCUAUACGGCCACCUCCUGUACGCGGGCGGCAGCUUCCCGUCCGCGCUGUCAUACUUCUUCCGCGCGCUGAGCCUCGACCCUCAGAAUCCGGUGAUCCUGCUGACCAUCUCGCUCAGCUACAUCCACGAGAUGAUGAAGCGACAGAACGAGAAUCGCCAUCUGUAUCUGCUGCAGGCAUGGUCGUUCUUCGAGGAGUACGCCGAUGCCAGGAGAGCAUCGGCGCAGAGCACGGAGGAUGACAACGCCGACAACAACAAGAACAUCGACAACUUUACGGUCGCCGAUAGCGGCGCCGAUGUCGGUGGCGUCGUCCCGGAUAAAGCGGGACGAGCAGCCCCGACGACAGCGAUGAUCGAGGCUGAAAUCGAGUUCAACCGCGCCAGGUGCUGGCACAUGCUGGGGAUGGCUGAUCUAGCGGUGCGGGCGUACGGAAAGGUUUUGACGCUGCAACGAGACAUCCAGCUGCGCGAUAGAGGUAGUGCUGUCAGCCCCAGUGACGAGGCUAGCAAUACGAGUGCUACCCGUGAUGACGGUGGCCAUGGUAAUCAAGCAGCGGAGGAGUACGAGAAACCAGAUUUCUCCGCGCCCCCAGGAGAGUACACUAUGGAGGCUGCAUAUGCGAUUCAGACCAUGUAUGCUCUGAGUGGGAACGCUGCGAUGGCCAGGUCCGUGGCGGAAAGAUAUCUUGUUGUUUAG